CUAUCGACACAACCCUAUAUUAUUGAAUCACGGUAUCAUCCUGAACUAAAUUUCCUAUAAACUGAAAAUGUCAAGAGUUGAUUUUCAAAUUUAAAAUAACAUACCUUAUUUGACAGCACCAAAAAAUCGAAAAAUAUUUCUUUAAUUGAAAAGAUUUUACGCCAAACAAUGUCUGAAUUCACUGAUUUUGUUUCAAUUUGCAAUGAAUCGGAUAUUAAUAAUGACGAAGUUAAGGAGUACAACUUUGACGAAAACAAUAAGUUGUUGUUAAUACGUCAAAACGAUCGAAUCUGGGCCAUCGGAGCGACGUGUCCACAUCAAGGGGCGCCUUUGGUUAGAGGCGUAUUAGGACAUGGACGUAUUCGAUGCUCACGUCAUGGUUCUUGUUAUAAUAUCAGAACUGGCGAUAUAGAGGAUUUUCCGGGUUUAGAUUCAUUACCAACAUAUCCUGUUGAAAUAACUACAAACGGCGAAGUGAAAGUGCGUGCGAGAAUCAAAGAUCUUAAUAAGAUACGGCGCACAAAAGAGAUGGUGGAACACAAUAAAGCUGACGAACGUAUAUUUCUGUUGGUAGGCGGUGGAAUUGCAACAGCUACAUGCGCUGAAACAUUACGUCAAGAGGGCUACACAGGACGCAUAAUAAUAUUGUGUCGGGAAGAUACUUUACCUUACGACCGUACACCACUAUCAAAAGCAUGGCAAAUAGAUAUAGCUGAUUUGCAUUUUCGCGAUACCGAUUUUUAUCAGCGAAAUAAUAUUGAGCUUAUAUUGGGUGUGGAUGCAACUAAUUUGGAUACAGCCAUGAGAACAAUUAGCUGUUCCAAUGAAGAACUAAUUAUAUAUGAUAAACUUUUCAUUGCGACUGGUUCGAAGCCAAGUAGAUUGGGUAUUAACGGUACUGAUUUAAGAAAUGUCUUCUCCAUACAUGACUAUAAAGAUCUCCAAACAAUAAUGCAUGUGUUAAAACCAAAAACUAAUUUAGUAUGUGUAGGAGGCGGUUUCAUUAAUUUGGAAUUUGUGUCCUCUAUAGUAGGCAAAAUAAAAUCGAGUGUACUGAUUAGUAAUACGAAAUAUCCACUAGAGAGCACGGUUGGCAGUGAUAUCGGUGAGCGCUUAUUGCAGUUAUACCGCGAAAAGGGUGUCCAAAUGAAAAUGGAAAGCAGAAUUAAAGAAAUAAUAAGCGAUGAUGGCAUUCGAAUCUCCGAAAUCAGAACUACUGAUGGUUAUAAAUAUCCGUGCGACGUAUUAAUCAUUGCUGUGGGUGUAAUACCUAAUACUACUUGGUUAAUCGACUCGAGCUUACCGAUAAAUGCUGAUGGCACAAUUGAUACGGACAUGAAUUUAAUGACACCGGUGCCAAACAUCUAUGUGGGUGGUGAUAUCGCCAAUGCACCACUUCUCUCGAAUGAUAAUCAAAGAAAAAACGUUAAACAUUCUCAAGUGGCACAAUAUCAUGGUUAUGUGGCUGCCAUAAAUAUGGCUGGUCAUAUACAAGAACUACGCGUAGUACCAUUUUUUAAUAUAUACCUCUUCGGUGCAUCGUUUUUGCAUGCUGGUGUUGGUAGUAUAUAUGAAACUUCCAUACACGGUGAUUUAAAACGUUUAAAAUAUGUGGCAUAUUUGUUCGAUCGCGAUGGUAAUGUCUCAUGUGUUAACACUUGCGGUUACGAUGCUACGGUGGUUAAAUUUUGUGAAUUGUUGUCACAAGGGAAACGACUACAUCGUUCUGAGAUUGUAGACAAGUCCAAUCCACAUCAAUGGAUGGAACAAUUGCUCGAUACGCGACGUACACGUUGUGAUUGUUGAAAUAAUAAUUUUUUGCUUAUAUUUAAUGCUUUUACUAAUUGUUCUUCAUUCGCAGUCGUUUUGGUUGUUUUUCCAUAAGGCACAUUCACAUGUUUUCAUACAAUAACCAGAAAUACCAGACUUCAUUUUCAAACAAAUCCUGCUUUAAACAUAUUGUAUUCAUAUGUAUUUGCUACGCUAAAAUACUUUAAUAUUUAUUGAAAAACACUGAUGUUUAAAACGUUUUAAUUUAAUAAAAAUGAAAUUUCGAAC